ACAUUUGGCAAAGCAAUAGCGCAGUCAUGCGAUUACAAUACACAAUAGACUUCCAAGAGACAUUCAACGACUUCCAUGUUCAAUGCAAGCAAUCUUUUAACGCCACCUGAACAUAUUGCUAAUCGCUUCCUAGUUGACAAAAUCUAGUUUACUUGGAAAAUUAUUUAUAUUCUUUUAAUGAUAAUCAGUAUUUGGUUUUUAUAUAAACUAUUUAUUGAAGAAGCCAAUACAAAGGAUCGCAAUAAAAAGAUCAAAGGUAACCCAGCACAUGUCACACAAAAGAGCAAGAAUAAAAAGCCAAGUUAUAAAUUGAACACCAACACCCAUAGAAGCUUUGUCGAGAUAUUUUUGUCGACUACCACUUUAAGACCAACCACAGUUUUUAUUUUAUAAUAUAAAAUGAGUGACAUCCUUUCUAAUGCAAUCAGAGCUGGUGAAUUUGAAAAGAUUAGACGUUUGCUGGAUUCACAAGACAAAACUAUUCUCCAGUAUGUGCAAGAGAAGCCGGUGUUACCCUUGGCUGUAGUGUAUAAACAGUUGAACAUCGUAAAACUCUUGCUUGAGAGAAACGCAAAUGUUAAUGCUGUGGGUAAUGAUGGCGAUACUGCCAUUCACGCUGCCGUCAAGAAGGAAAACCUGGAGGUUCUCAAGUUACUGACUGAAAGACACUGUGACUUAAACGUGUUAAAUGCGCACAGACUCACAGCUCUCAUGAUAGCCGUUGAGAAAGGCUAUCUAGAUAUCGCAGGGUUCCUAUGUCUGAAGGGAGCAGAUGUCAACGCUGCUGGCCACAAAGGAAACACGGCUCUUCACCUGGCCGCUAAGAAAGGUAAAAUUGAGAUGGUCCGUCUUCUCUUACGGUACCGAGGCAACAUCGACUCUCAGAAUUCAGAAGGCGUCACCGCUGUUUUCAUUGCUGUGAAUAGCAAAUCUGAGGACAUGCUAAAACUGUUAUGUCUCAUGGGUGCUGAUUUAAGCAUCAAACAAAACGAUGGUGCAACCGUCAUCAUUCAGGCGGCCAAAUCAGGAAAUGGCAAAGGCGUGGCGUGUCUACUGGAGCAUUACAAUGAUAAGAAGCUUCUUCAUGACAUUAACGCUUUCGACAGACAAGGGCAAACCGCGUUGAUGUACGCUACGAAUAAUAGGAAUAUUGAAAUUGUAAAGUUUUUAAUUAACCACGGAGCCAAUGUAAACCUCCAAAAUCCAAACAAUGGUCAAACCUGUCUACAUUUGGGAGUUUUAAAUGAUGACAGCGACGUGGUGGAAGUACUUAUUGCAGCAGGAGCGUGCCUUAAUGUGGUUAAUCGAAAUUUGGAAACUCCGAUUAGCCGAGCAAACAACUUUAUCAAGAGGGUUCUAUUGAAAGCAGGAGCUUAUGAAUGUGGACAGAGUCAAAUAGGAAUGCCCGUGUUUCAUAGAGAAGGCUCAAUACAUAGUGACCUUUCCAAUCCAAUCCGCAAUGAAAGUUCAUGUCACUCAAUCGAAAUCGAUACAGACACUAACGAUGAGACUCACUUAAAGCAACAGUUUACAUAUUCUAUUGAAGAAGCCGAUGCCCCAUAUGAUUUGAAAGAAACAGAAGUGCCAUAUGAUUCACAAGGUAAAGAACAUCAGUCAAAAAAUUCUGAAAAGAUUAAAUUGUUAAUUGACAAGCACAGGUUCAGCAAAAAGUUCAAAAAGGCCUUGAAUGAUUUCACUAAUAAAUUUGUGGAAUCUUAUUCCAGCACUAGCAGGACUGGCAGUGUCUGCACUACAGGAAGCACUGUAACUUUGUCCGAACACACGAAACUAACAAUACAUACUGCUGCAAAUGUUUUUAUAGGAGAUAAUAUCAAGUUACAAUGUUCGCCAAGACCUUCCAGCGUAUCUGGUGGUUCCACUAAAACAUUAACGCAUUAUGACCAAAUUCUAAAAGAGGCAGAUGACGAGUUGGAAUUCAUUGAAAAGUCUAAACGUAAUGUUCCUGAAACCAUAGAAAAGUCAAUAGACGAUACCUCUGAAGCCAUUGCAACGUCAAGUGACAGUAACCUUGAACUCACUACAACAUCAAGUAACAGUAACCUUGAACGAUCGGAAACGGCAGGAAACAGUAACCUUGAACCCACGGAAACGGCAAGUAACAGUAACCUUGAACCCACGGAAAUGGCAAGUAACAGUAACCUUGAACCCACGGAAACGGCAAGUAACACUAACCUUGAACCCAUGACAACAGCAAGUAAAAGUAACCUUGAACCCAUGACAACGUCAAAUAACAGUAACCUUAAACCCACGUCAACGGCAAGUAACGGUAACCUUGAACCCAUGGCAACGGUAAGUAACAGUAACCUUGAACCGAUGGCAAAGUCAAAAAACAAUAUCCCUGAACCCAAGGCAUCAACAGUAAAAAAUAUCCCCGAACCCAUGGCAACGUCAAGAAACAAUAUCAGUGAAUAUUUCCUUGAGGAUAUUGAGGUGGACAUAGGAGGUAGCGUCAGUGGAAGUAACGUCGAUGGCGGUAGUGCCAGUAGAGGUGCGGUCAGUGGAGGUAGUGUCAGUGGAAGUAACGUCGAUGGUGGUAGUGCCAGUAGAGGUGCGGUCAGUGGAGAUAGUGUCAGUGGAAGUAACGUCUAUGGUGGUAGUGCCAGUAGAGGUGCGGUCAGUGGAGGUAGUGUCAGUAGAAAUAGUGAUGCAAGUAUUGGGAGUAACGCCGGCACUAAGCCAAAGAAAGCGUUUGGAUCAACCUGGUCGCCUCUAGAUCUACGAGCUACGGACAGUGCCAGUGAAAGAAGUGGAAGUCUGCCUGGUAGAAGCUCUACUAAGAAAAACAGAAAUAAAUUGCCAAGGGAAUUAGAGAAAACUGCUGAUGCGAGUGAAUCUGCAAGCUUAACAACCGUUGAAAGAAAAGAGAGUCGCUCUGAAGAAGCCUCAACUCCACACAAUGAGAAGGACGAUACAACGAAUACUGACAUAAACGUAUCAAUGUAGUAUGUGCUCUGACGACGUGGUGUGUGUGUGUGGCUGAGAUAUAUUCUAGCUAGUAUGUUUCCUGGGAAGAGAGAUGACUCUGUGGUAAAGCGCUUGGCUUCCGAACAAAGACGUCUUGGGUUCCAAUCCCGGAGAUGAUUGGGGUUCGGAAAUUGUAUGUCUCUAACUCUAGUGGGUACCUGACAUUAGUUAUGGAAAAGUAUAGACCUUUUGUAUUUGUGCCGGCCACGUAAUACCCUCAUUUAACCGUGGGCCACGGAAACCAAUGACCUUUGCGUCAUCUGAUCUAUAGAUCGCUUGUUCUGAAAAGGGUACUUGACUUUUUGCCUAAAGACUACAAGGAAACCAACUCCCAUAUUCUCCUUCUUCCCAUGUGCUAUUAUAGCAUAGAAAAUGCGAUUUAUACACAAAAUAAUUAUUUAAAAAAAAGCACAAAAAAAUAAUAAUAAAAGGAUAUGUAUCUAGUAAUUAAAGCUUGGCUUAUAUAGUCUAAAGCAUACUGAAACAUCUUUGAUCAUUUUAUUACCUAUUCACGAGACAACAUUUUAAAGAGAAAAUCAGAGAUUUCUUAAGAUAUUCCUAUGUCCCCUAAAUCUGUAUUAGAUAUUUUACGUAUAUAAGAAUAAAUGUAUUGAGCUGUCUCUCUGUUUGAUAAAUGAUAUCCUCAUUAACAAUUGACUUUAAAGAUGAUGUAUUACUAAUCUGCUUCCUAGAUUGCUAGAACACACUAGACAUGCAUUCGAUGUUACUAUUUCAUUAGCAAUGUUUGCCAUUUGUUUGUAAGUCUUAUUUUACUUUUUGUAAUUUGUAAAAUUUGUCUCCAUUUAGGGUAAAAGAUUAAUGAUGUAAUUAUUAAAAUGUAAACUUUUUUUCUCUGAUAAAUUUAUUUUUGUGCCAUUAUUUAAACUAGUUAUUUGUAGCUCAUUUAACUCGUGCUUAUGGCAAAGAACUAACAAUGAUGGAUAAUUUACUCUGUUCAUAUUCGUAAAUACUAUUCGCGAAAAUCUGGCUCAAGUAAUCGCACAUAUGACUUUUCAGUUGUUUAUACUCUUCCGCAUUUUAAUUUACUGUAAGGUAACUAAUGCUGAAUUAGUUCAAUAUCAUUUAAUGUCUUCCUUAUAAAAACAAGCAGAAAAUAUAUUUUAAAAAUCUUUUCUAAAAAGAAAAACUAAGCUUAUCUAAAGGGGCCCAUAAUAAUGUAAAAGUUACCUCCCUUAUUCGAUAUCAAACAAAAUAAUUAAUUACGGAUAAAUGAUUGACUAAUUGAGCAUUUUUGUUUAUUGAUUCAUGUUUUGUUAUGUACAAUAAAUGUUUAAAAUAUCAACUUGAUCGGUGAAUUCGUGAAGGAGGAAUAAAGUUAACAAUUUAUUUAAGGGGACUAAACGUAACAAAUUUAGCCACAUCUGUGAAUACUGAAGUAUUGUUUUCCAUUGUUGCUAUUAAAUAAAACAACGAAUUACCAGUAAUUAAU